GAGCCCUGGGUGAAUGGCCAUUUGCUUUUGCUUCUGCCUUUGGUCACAUCUACCUUGGGAUCCAUGGGAGGGUUUGAGGGGCAUCUGUUCCCAGGCCUGUCCUUAUUCCUCUAUGGACUUUAUCAUGCAGGACUUCUCUCCAGGGCUGUGGUAUGCAACUCCCCUGCCCAAUACCCGCCACGUCGUCCUUGGAGCAAAGGAGGAUGGGCAAGGUUACGGCAAAUGUAUUAUAUCGGCUUUCUGAAGAUACUGAGUUCUUGCAUCUUAGUAGCCCAGGAGUUGAAUAGCAUUCAUUGGCACUUGAUACUCAUCAGCAAGAAGUAUCACCAGAGAAACUUCAUGUACCACAAGCAGUGGCAGCAUCUCACUCUCUACCUGUCCUUCUUUCUGAGUGGGUGUACAGAUGUGGUCAGCCAGAACCUGCUACCCAAGAGGUGUGUGGUUUUGGAGCAAGGCGCCCAAGCAUUGAGCAUGUGUCUGUUUUUGCCCCUGAUGGUGUCUCAUAUGCAGGACACAGAAGGAGUGGAGCUGCAGACUCACUUGCUGCUCAUCCAGGCCAUGAUUUUGCUGACGCUCGUGGUGACUGUAGAGCUGUGGGUACCCAAUGUGCUGCUGGUCUGGAUGCUGAAGGCCUUUCUGUACCUUGUCACAGGCUCCUGGCUGAUGCAGAUAGGCUUCAUGCUGUACAAACCAAUCUCUGGCUAUAAAUGGAUGGAUGAUGACGAAAAUGACAUAGCAUUUGCCACCACUUUCUUCUGCUGGCAUGUGGCCUUCAACGCUCUCUUGAUGAUCUGGAUCUAUGGUUUCUCCACUUUGUGGUACUGUUACCUUGGUGCUGAUGCCUGAACCUGGACUCAUCCAAGUGGUUUCAUAUUGCCUGCACACUCUAAGGACAUCUGGAUGCCAAGUCAUGAGAGAGGAGCUGCCAGAAAGGAGGAUCAGACAUCCUUUAGAGGUGCUCCAUCUUGAAGCAGUAGACUGUCGAGGGAUGGGCAUACCUUUUCUCCCCUCUGGCUUCUCUUCAUCUAACUUGCUGAAGGACUCAGAUGAAAGAGGAAUGAAACAAGGGAGGCACACAGCUAUGACCUUUACUCUUAGCUCCCCACAAUCCUCUUCCAUCCCCACCUCCAACCACAGCACCUGCUUGGCCUGUACCUCUUUGCACCCUUCCCUCCUCUCCCAUGAGAACAUAACACAUUUACUAAAUCCUGCCUUUGGAACUUUUCAUUGCUAUCUUUUACUUUGUCAUGCAGAACAUUAACCAGAAGUCACGUUUAGCACAUCAUAAUUCAGCCAUCAUAAUAAACAUCUUCUCGUCUCUUCUGCUUGACUUCUGUGAUGUUCAUUCCAAAUCCAGGCUGUCUCUUUGGCUAUGUGAAGCU